AUGUUUACCCUGUCCGAUGCGGAGCUACAGCCCCAAAUGGCUUUCAACAAGAAAUAUGCCGGUCUGCCGGACCUAGAUCCCUCCCCGGAUAUCUACGAAACCCCCGACCUGACCGAUGAAGCAUCAACCCUCCCCGCGGGUACUAUCCGCACCGAAUCCGACCAUGAUGACUCUAGCUCAGACAUUGACCGCGAGGGAGUCAACGCAGACCAGGCGCGUAUGCACUUCAUGGGUGCGGCCGUGGACGCCCGCGAUGUCAAUUUCUCUGAUAGUAUCUCGAUGAAACGUCAGGCAUAUCGGAGCAAGAGUAUCAGUCGUCGUCGGAGACGCGCCGACGGGACAGAAGAGGUCGGUGACCUGAGUGACAGCGAGGACGAAUCCGUGGAGCGAAGACUGGCCCGUUUGCGAAGGGAAGUUGAAGCCCUCAAAGUGGAGAUGGCCACACAGAAACCUGAGGGCGACAAGUCGCAGAACGCCACUGAUAAAUCUGAGAAUUUGGGCGAUGGUGUUGCUGAGUUGAGCCGCGCCUUGGACAACUUACACGCCUCCCGAGGUGAUACACCGUCACACUCGGCUGCCGCAUUGUUAUCCCAGAAACUUGGAGCUCAAGCCACCCCAGAAGAAAAGACACAAGCUUCAGGUGCACAGAAUGUUCCCCCGGCAGUACCGGUCCAGCCUGUCCCUGCAGGAAUUCUCUCCCAUGCGGCAGCUUUCGACAGCCGCCUAGCUCUCAUCGAGAGCUCCAUAGGCAUCUCCAACUCUUCAAACCCAUUUGUUGCCGACGGCAUCAGCGAGACAACACCACACCCAGUCAUCCCAGCUUUGGAUCAACUCACCUCCCGGCUCUCCGCCCUAACCGGUCUUUUAGUGGGCACAAAUCCAUCUUCAGGCACGCCGAGCGGACCGGGAAUGACCACUCCGCACCUCGAAGCUCUUUCCACUCGCGUGCGGAAGUUGACAGCAGACGCAGAAGCCCUGACAGCGGCUCGCAGAAAGGCAUUUGAUGCCGCGAAGGCUGCACACAAUGCCCGCCUGGCAAGUUCCGACGCUGACACAUCUGCACUGGAAGCUUCUGCAGACGAGGAACACACAGCUAAGAUUCAAGCCCUCUAUGCUACUCUACCGACUAUUCAAUCUUUACAUCCAUUGCUUCCCAGCGUUCUGGAGCGUCUGCGCUCUCUCCGAGCUUGCCACGCCGGUGCAGCCCAUGCCGCUGAAUCACUCGAUGAGUUGGAGAAACGCCAGGCUGAGAUGGCAUCGGAGAUUGGGCAGUGGCGUGAAGGGUUGACCAAUGUAGAAGAGAAAAUGCGACAGGGUGAAGCUGCUCUGCGCUCAAAUGUCGAGACCGUUGAGCCAUGGGUGAGGGAUUUGGAAUCUCGCCUGGGACGUCUUGAAGCACCCGGACUCUGA